AUGCCAUCAUUUGCUGAUUUAACUACUGAAGCUGGUCUUGUUGAACUCAACACCUUCUUAUCAGACAAAACCUACAUUGUUGGUUUCGUCCCAUCAACUGCUGAUGUUGAAGCUUUUGGUUUAGUCAAAUCAUCCCCAGCUGCUGACAAAUAUCCACAUGUUGCCAGAUGGUUCGCCACUAUUGCUUCAUACGAUGCUGCUGAAAAAUCAGCUUUCCCAAAAACUGAAUCAGUUACCAUCAAUGCUCCAGCUGCCGCUGCUAAAGACGAAGAUGAUGUUGAUCUCUUUGGUAGUGACGAAGAUGAUGAAGAAUACGAAAGACAAUUAGAAGAACGUCGUAAAGCUGCUGCUGCCCUCAAAAAACCAAAAGCUGUCGUUAUUGCUAAAUCAUCAAUUCUUUUAGAUGUUAAGCCAUGGGAUGAUGAAACUCCAAUGGACGAAUUAGAAAAAUCAGUCCGUUCAAUCGUUAUGGACGGUUUAGUUUGGGGUGCCUCAAAACUCGUUGCUGUCGGUUAUGGUAUUAAGAAACUCCAAAUCAAUCUUGUCGUUGAAGAUGACAAAGUUUCAACUGAUGCUUUAGAAGAACAAAUCUUAGCCUUCGAAGACUACGUCCAAAGUAUUGAUAUUGCUGAUGUUUUUAACAGAGACCAACAGGACCAACCACCACAACCACAACAAGCAACCCCACAACAACAACCAUCAAAACCAACCCCACAACAACAGCCAUCAAAAACAACCCCACAACAACAACCAAGACCAAUCCUACAACAACCAAGACCAAUCCCACAACAACAACAACCAAUCCCACAACCAAUCCCACAACCAACCCCACAACUACAGCAACCAAAAUCAAAACCACCACCACAACAAAAACAACAACCAUUCAUUUUUUUUAUUAUUUUAAAAUGGUGGUUAAAAAAAUUAUAUUUUAUUUUAGUUUCCGACUCAAAAGUAAAUAAAACUUACUAUUUGGGGGUCUUCACUUGGAAAUUUUCCAAUUCAAUUUCCACAAUUCCCAAAAAAGAUUAUAUAAAAUUAAUAAUGCCACCAAAAAGAAAACUUGCACAAUUGGAUGAGGACGAUAAUUCAUCAACAAACGAUAAUAAUAGUAAUAACAGCAAUGGCACAUCUAAUGGUAAUACUACAACAUCAACAGCUACAACAUCAACAUCAACAACAGCAACAACAACAACAACAACAGCAACAACAAAAACCAAUAAAACUUUAUUAGAUUCAAAAAAUAAUAUAUCAAUACCAAUUACAAACGAUGGUAAAUUAAUACAUUGGAAAUAUCAAGAUGACGAGUUUGAAUGGAAAACAUUUGAUAAUACAAUACUAUUAUCAAUUGAGGAAACUUAUCAAAAGAACCCAAAGGAUAUCAGCGAGCAAUUUUUUGGAAGUAACAACGAAAUUGUAAUUACAUUUUCUGACAUGAAGAUGUACUCAAAUGAUAAAUCAUUGCCAUCAUUUAUGAAAAAGAAGGAUAUUAAAAGAAGUAUUUGCCAAGCAGCAUGGAGUUGGGAGAAAAGUAGGGCUGAAUUUUCUUCAUAUGCACCAGAUAUUUCAAAUAAAAUUGAGUUGGCAUUUUUGAAGGGUUUAUCAAAGUAUACAUUAGAUACCGAGCGUUAUAUUAGUUUUUCAUCAUACGAGCAAUGCAGAUUUGAUGAUACAACCAAAACCAGAAGGGUAAAAAGAAAUUAUAUCGAUAUUACUGAAAUUUAUAACCCAAAUUGGUAUUAUCAAUCAACUUGUUUCCAAUAUUUUAUUGAAAAAGGUAAAAACUCAUAUUAUAAAACAUCAAGUGAUGAUUUUAUUUGCUUUUUAACAAUGAGCAGCUCAAAGAAAUUAGGUUCCAUAGGUACACCAGUUAAAAGAGAUUCAGGACCAAUGAGCACCAUAAAAAAGACUUAUUCAAAUUUAUCAGAGGAAGAAAAAAAAGCAAUGAUUAAUUCAAUGUUAUCAGGUUCAGUUAAGCCAGCAAACGAUAACAAAAAGGUAAAGAUUGAUUCGUCGUCAUCAUCAUCAUCAUCAUCAUCAUCAUCAGGAUUAUAUUUACCAGGAGAAGAGGACGUACUAAAGGGUGACAAGGUUAUGAAGUAUAUCCUCAGACCACAAAGAAGUUUUGAUAGUUCAGUCGCCGAUUUACAUUACAGGGUUGCUGAAAGCCAGUUUGCACGUUUAUUAAAUGGUAACACCUAUAAAGUCUCAAAGGUUGAAUACAUUGUCAAUCCAACCCUUACCAAAAAUUUUAACAAAAAAAUGGAGGAAUAUAAGAAAUUAGGUUACCCAGAGUGUAAUCCAAUUUUUGGUUUUCAUGGUACUGCCGCAAAAAAUAUUGUGCCAAUUUGUAAAAAUAAUUUUUCAGUACCAGGUAGCAAUGGUGUUAAACAUGCAACAGAUAGUGGUUGGUAUGGCAAGGGUAUUUAUUUCAGCGAGUACCCAGAUUACAGUAUUGGUUAUAUUAAAGAUUGCUCCAAGAUUCUACUUUGCAAGGUAUUGUUAGGUAAAAGUUAUAAAUGUACAAAAUUAAUUACAGGUCAGCCAUGCUUAAAGGGUUAUACCAGCCAUUUAUCGCCUGAUGAAAAAGAGUUGGUUUUGUUCCACCCAGAUCAAAUUUUACCAAUUUAUAUUGUACAUUACACAUCAUCCCUUUAUCCAGCAGUCAAAGAUAACGAAAUAUUAAAUUUAUAUAACCAGGCCAAUUUAAUAGUAUCAUCAAAUAUUCUCAGUGGUAUGGUAAUUGGCUUUGCAGGUACCUUAUCAAGCACCCAUUAUGUACUCCAAAAUCUUGUAAAUAAACAUGGGGGUAGUUACAUUGGUAAUUCAACUAAUGUUGUUGGUUGCACUCAUUUGGUUACAAAUAAAACAGAGUACACGAAUAAUGGUUCAAAAAUUAGUUCAGCAAACUCAUUAAAGGUCCCAAUUGUUAGCGAAACAUGGUUAUAUAAAACGAUCAUUGUAAAUAAAUCAAUAAAAACAGGUCUCCAUGGUUUUGAUGAAACUAAAAAACCUAAAACAGUAAAUGAUACAAUUAAACCAAUUCCAUUAGAACAACUGGAAUAUGAUGACGUUGAAGAUGAGGAGGAAGAAGAAGAUGACGAUGAAGAAAAGAAGAAAACUCCUUGUAAAUAUGGUGAUAAGUGUUUCAGAAAGAAUGCAGAGCAUUUCAAACAAUUUUCUCAUUCAUUUUUGGUAGAUUAA